AUGACCCUCCUUCUCAAAGUGGAUUGCACAAUGAUGUGGAGAAUGGGACCCAGCAUCGCCAUGCUGUUGGCUUUGUGGCUGGUUUGUGGAUCCGAACCCCACCUCCAUGCCACUGAAAGAGGAAGCCGCGGAGGACGGAAAUUGUCUCUGGUUUCCCAAGUCGGCAGUAGGCCAGCUCGGUUUCUGAGGCACACAGGGAAGUCUCAGGGAAUUGAGAGAUCCACUCUGGAAAAACCAAACCUUCAGUCCCUCCAAAGGAGGAGGAGUGUGCCAGUGUUGAGACUAGCUCAGCCAAGUGCCUUGCCAGCCCCUGUGGGCGUCAAUGGGGCCUUGGGAAGGCCUGUACAGAGACCAGCAGCCAGGAGCUCCCCUCGUGAGAUGGUCCGUGAUGAGGGGGUCUUGGCUCGGACAAGAAUGUUGCGUUUCCCCUCUGGGUCUAGCUCUCCCAACAUCCUUGCCAGUUUUGCCGGGAAGAACAGGGUGCUGGUCAUCUCAGCCCCUCAUGCCUCAGAACCCUACUACCGUCUCAUGAUGAGCCUUCUGAAGGACAACGUGUAUUGUGAGUUGGCAGAGAGGCACAUCCAGCAGAUCAUACUGUUCCAUGAAGCUGGUGAGGAAGGCGGAAAGGUCCGGAGGAUCACCAGUGAAGGCCGCAUCCUGGAGCAGCCCCUAGACCCCAGCCUCAUCCCCAAGCUGAUGAGCUUCUUGAAGCUGGAGAAGGGCAAGUUUGGCAUGGUGCUACUGAAGAAGACGCUACAGGUGGAGGAACGCUACCCGUAUCCUGUCAGACUGGAGGCUAUGUAUGAGAUCAUCGAUAGGGGCCCCGUGCGAAAGAUGGAAAAGAUGCGACAGAAAGAUUUUGUCCAGAAAUGUAAAUCCUCUGGUGUAGAGGGCCAGGUGGUAGAGGAAGGGAUCAACAGUAGUGGAACAGAAGGAAGACCCAGCCUGGGCAGUGAGAAGAGGAAGGAAGACCCAAGAAGGGCCCAAGUCUCCCCAACCAGAGAGAGUCGGGUGAAGGUGACAAGAAAACUGGCCACCACGACAGGGGCUCCUCCUUCACCUCCGCCAACCCCAAGGGCCACCACACCUCCUCUCCCUCCAGUCACAACAGUCAAUCGGGGGACAUCUCGGGUGGUAACUGCAGCUCCAAGGCUGACCACCACCACUGCCAUUCCGACCACCCAGAGGCCCAGGACCACCUGGGUGCAUACGUCCUCUGAAUCUCACAGACCCUCCUUCACAACUGAGGUGACCACUGCCAGGGACCCCUCAUCCUCAGAGAACCUUUAUCCUCCACCCAAGAAGGAGCAACAUAAGGAGAGGCCACAGACCACCAGGAGGCCCAGCAAGGCCACCAGCCUUGACAGCUUCACGGCUGCCCCUCCCACCACCAUUUCAGAGCACAGCGUGAGGGGGGGCGCUGGCCGUUUCCGGGACAACCACACAGACAGGAGGGAACAGGGCCACCGAGACCUAAAUGUGGUGCCAGGCCCGCCCAAGCCAGCAAAAGGGAAACUUCCCAAAAAGAAAGCCCAGGACAAAAUCCUUAAUAAUGAAUAUGAGGAUAAGUAUGAUUUCAGCAGGCCCACUGCCUCUCAUCUGGAGGAGGAACUGCAGGUGGGCAAUCUUCCCCCUAAAAAAGCAAAGGACCCCAAAAAACAUGAAAAGCCUGAGAAACCCGAGAAGAAGAAAAAAGUGAAGAAUGAGAAACCAGAUAAGCUACUGAAAAGUGAAAAGCAAGUGAAGAAGGACAAGGCUGAGAAAAAAAACAAACAGGAGAAAGAGAAGAACAAGAAGAAAAAGACUGAUAAAACUGAGCAAGACGGUUACCUGAAACCCACCACAAAACAUUUCACUCAGCCUACCAAGAAGUCAGCCACUGACCUGCUGGCAUCCUUUGAAGGCAAACGGAGACUCCUGCUGAUCACGGCUCCUAAGUCUGAGAACAACAUGUACGUGCAACAGCGAGAUGAAUAUCUGGAAAGUUUUUGCAAGAUGGCCACCCGGAAAAUCUCCGUCAUCACUAUCUUCGGCCCUGUCAGCAACAGCUCCAUGAAAAUUGACCAUUUCCAGCUAGAUAAUGAGAAGCCCAUGCGUGUGGUGGAUGAUGAGGACUUGGUAGACCAGCAUCUCAUCAGUGAGCUGAGGAAAGAGUAUGGAAUGACUUACAAUGACUUCUUCAUGGUAUUGACAGACGUGGAUCUGCGAGUGAAGCAAUACUAUGAGGUACCCAUAGCAAUGAAGUCUGUGUUCGAUUUGAUUGAUACCUUCCAGUCUCGAAUCAAAGACAUGGAAAGGCAGAAGAAGGAGGGCAUUGUUUGCAAGGAGGACAAGAAGCAGUCACUGGAGAAUUUUCUAUCCAGGUUCCGAUGGAGGAGGCGGUUGCUGGUGAUCUCUGCUCCUAAUGAUGAAGACUGGGCCUAUUCACAUCAGCUCUCUGCCCUCAGUGGUCAGGCAUGCAAUUUUGGUCUACGCCACAUAACCAUUCUGAAGCUAUUAGGCACUGGCGAGGAAGUUGGAGGAGUUUUAGAAUUGUUCCCAAUUAACGGGAGCUCUGUUGUUGAUCGAGAAGAUGUACCUGCUCACUUGGUGAAAGACAUACGCAACUACUUUCAAGUGAGUCCAGAGUACUUUUCCAUGCUUCUCGUUGGAAAAGAUGGAAAUGUCAAGUCCUGGUAUCCUUCCCCAGUGUGGUCCAUGGUGAUUGUGUAUGAUUUAAUCGAUUCAAUGCAACUUCGGAGACAAGAAAUGGCCAUUCAGCAGUCACUGGGGAUGCGCUGCCCAGAAGAUGAAUAUGCCGGCUAUGGUUAUCCUAGUUACCAUCAAGGAUACCAAGAUGGUUACCAAGAUGACUACCGUCAUCAUGAAAGUUACCACCAUGGAUACCCUUACUGAAGAGAAAUAUGUAACCCUUGCCCCAGUCACAGCUCCCUGCAGUUGCUGAAGCCACAUGUGGCCAGAUACGUACAGGAGUUCUUCCACAACGCCUACAUUCCCUGCCUUUUUCUUUCCGUGUUCUUCUAAGACUAAAUAAAUAGCAACCUUUUGCCUA